UUGAGAACCGUUUGCACAUAUCUCACUCAAAUUUUUUGCGGGUUCAAGUCAGAUUUUCAAAAAUGUUUUCGCUUUUUGUUCUUUUGCUUACUUUUAUAGACUCCACACACUCCAUCACUGUAAAGGUCCCUAAGAAUUUCAUCAAUGUGACCGUGGGUGAAACCAUCUAUCUACAGUGCACCUUCGCUACCAAUCAGCCCACCACCAACCUCCUCGUGCAGUGGACCUUCUACAGCAGAUCCUCCAUCAGUCCUCAACAGGUAUAUUUCUAUCAGGCUGGAACUGCAUACAUCAGUCCUCAGUUUAAGGGCAGACUGACUAUGCUUAAUCAAGUCAACACAACUAUGAACGCCUCAAUCUCCAUCAGCAACAUGCAGGCCGCUGAUUCUGGAUCAUACACCUGUGAAGCUCACAACAUCCCUGACAUCGAAGGCAUCACUUCUGCUUCUGUCCUGGUCAAAGUGCUUGAAAAACCAUCUGUUCCUUAUUGUGCUGUCCACGGCACUGUGGAGAUGGGUCAUUUGGUCACCCUCACAUGUCACUCUGAGAAAGGAAGUCCAAGCCCUAACUACACCUGGACUAAACUCCAGCAGGGCAGGAGCAGCAGAGUGCUUGGCCAAACAGAUGUGACAACAGGGUUCAUGUACAUCAGAAACAUCUCUGAAUUUGAGUUUGGCGAAUAUCAGUGUAACGCAUCCAACGUUGUGGGUUUCGCAACUUGCAGUAUUGUGCUGCACACAGAGCUGAAUGGAGGAGCAAUCGCUGGGGUGGUUAUUGGGGCAAUUCUGGGAGCCGUUUUAAUCUUCCUGCUGGUUUGGUUCAUCACACACCAGCUGAAGAAAAAGAAGCACAAAGUAUCCAAAGAGAAUAAACAACAGAGUGUAAAGUCAGUGGAAUAUGUGGUUGUUCCAGCUAAGCCAAUUGAGGACCAUGGAGAAGAGGAAGCCUAACAUCCAUUCAUUUAUGGUUAAAAAUGCCUGAUGUUGGUGAUCCUGUUUUUAGCAAAGAUGUCUUUGAUGUUAUUAAUUAAUAAUAAAAAUAAGAUGUUCCCCAAGGUUUUCUGAACACUCCCCCUCACCACCAGAAAAAAUACAUCUGAUAUACAGUGAAUACAAGUAAAUUCACAUUGUUUUAUUAACACAAUGUUUUUGUGAGAAAACAUUUUUAUAUUUCUGCAUAUCAGUAAAUAUAAGGAUGAGAUAGAGCAAAAUAUUUCAACAUUAAAAAAGUACACGUUUUACCUUCAAGGGACAAUAGUAAUGAUAUUAAUAAUGUUUUACUACUUCCUUUGAAGUUUUCUUUCGAAGUAUUGCAUGUCGCAUGUCGAAAGCUUGGAUGUCAAAAUGAACUGUUCAGGAAAUGAAAAAAACUGUACUUUUGAAAUGAUUAAAUAAUGUGUUUUCCAAUUUGAGAAGGACUUUUUAAAAACGUUUUAUUGAUUAGUUUUUUGCAAAGGCUAGUGGCAAACAUAAAGGGUGACCAAUAAUAAGAAUUUAGGGGGAAAAAAAACACAAAAUGUGGAUUUUUUUUGAAGGACAGCAACAAUUUGUGUGAUUUAAAUAGCUUAAAUAAAAUGUGUAAAUGGACACACUUGACUAAAAUACCUUAAAGUUUCCUUAAACCUAAAUAAAUAUUUCUUAAAGCUUAAACUUAACUGCUUGAAAUUAAUUUUGUGUCCAUUUCUUUUUUUUUAAGUCAAGACAGAUGUAAAGUGAAUGAAUAGCAAUUUUUUUGAUGGUUUUAGUAUGAAAUAAGGAAAUUGGGGAUAAAGAAUCGCUGAAUGUGUUAGUAGGGUGUUAAGGAUAUUUUUUUAUGUGCUGUACUUUUUUUUGCUGUGUUCAUUUUUCUCUUAACAUUUAUUUUGAUUAGAUUCA